AUGACUACUCAGCAUGUAGAAGAGUUAAUCUGUAGUGCUCGUAAACUAUAUGAUACAGAAGAAUAUCUCGCAGCGCGUGCGCUAUAUACUCAACUCCUUGCUUCAGAUCCGUUUGAUGCAAGAAUGUGGCAUCACCGAUCAAACGCUCAUCUGAAGCUUGGAUAUCCUGAGUUAGCGUUUACUGAUGCUGUUCGUGGACUUCAGCUUCUCGAUGAUACGCUAGCAAAGAAAACGUUAUCUCGGGAAGAUCAAAAUGACGCAGUACUGUUACGACUUGACGUACUAUAUACCUGUCUACUUACUGCUGAAGCUCUAAACAGUUUUCAAAUGGCACUACAGUAUAUUGAUCGGCUAUUGGCCAACGUUCAUUUACUUUCGAGUGAUGCGUGCAAAGUGGUUCUCGAAAAACAAGCUACUCUUCGAAACAAGAUCAGUCAGAGAAUCAGCACACUGCGCGGUGCAAAUGUACCUUCAGGAGUCUCGAUUGACACUAUUUCAAACUUGGGUACCAUGCAUGUAGUGAAAUACCCAUGGGACGUUUCCGAACCUUUCACUGCGACAAAUGAUUUGGAGGCUGAGCUGAAAGAACUUAAUAGCGCAUUUGAACCAUUCGCUCCGAAAUUGAAGAUCGUUCCUAUGCCUGACAACCCAGCACUCUACACUCCAGAGCUCACAUCAUCUAUAUCAUUUUCCAAAGUCGAUAGACCUCAGUUGGGUAUCAUAGCACGAAAGAAAAUCAAACCAAAAGAACGAAUCUUAGAUGAAGCGGGCAUCUUCGUUAACAACGGAUUAUAUGGUCCUAAAUGCAAUUAUUGUAACGGUGUCCUAUCGAUCUCGGCGAGCAACUCAAACGAAAUGCACAAAACAACGUGUUCAGGAUGUGGAGAACGCUUUUGCAGUGUUGAUUGUCUCCACUCUGCUCUGGAAACUUACCACAAAGUUCUUUGUGGGCGUGAUAUUUCUCACAUUUUAACGUUACCAAUAUCGAUGAGUCCAAACUAUCCUUGUUACUGGUUGAGCCCGUGUGUUGCGCAGCACGAACAUUCAAAUGUAAUCUAUCCAUUUUAUGUAACUGCAGAUCAAACAAAGAAGCUAACAGAGCGAUUUCAUUCCAAUGAAAACCUUCGCUCAUUGCAUUUAUUUCCAUUACCGAUAGUUCUGAACCGUCUUACUGCAUGGUGCAACGAUCCAAAUAAUCAGGACAUCACGGCUAGGGCAAACAGUAAAGAACAUGUAGAGCCAAGACCAAUCAAUUUUGGAGAGCAUGAAUUAUGGUAUAGAAUAGCAGCGUGUUUCAUUUUCAUUGGCACACAUGUACCUGGCGGCUGUGAUGCAUUUAAAAAAGACACCCUUCUAGUUUGA